GAUCACGCUACCGAGCAGGAGAACUACUUCAAGACGACUUGUACGCCGCUGACAUACAGAGCGGCCGCCACGAAUGGACUCCUCAGCCUUCGCAAGAGACCAUUGGCUGAAAAUGAGACAGACACAGGCAUAUUUCCAGAGUGGCAGAUAAUAGCUCCCAAGGAUCUCACGUGGGAAAAUCUCGUACAUUCUAUCGGGGAGCUUCGAAACUGGGGAUAUUGUUUAGAAAUUCCAACAAGUGACGGGAAAGGAGACGAGCUUGGCCACGACAGAGUUUGUGAUCGAUGCGCUGAGCGAUUCAUUGUGUCAAAGGACAAAUGGCAAUCAUGCACCUACCAUCCUGCACGUCCCGUGUACAAGAAGGUUGAUGGAACAAGGAUUACGACUUGGCCAUGCUGCGAGCAGACUGGGACGGGCUGCGUUGUUGGUCACACUCAUGUGUUCAAGAUUACACAUGAACCACGCCUGGCAGCGUAUCAGCCAUACCGGCAACUCCCCAUGCGUAGGAAAGAGAGCCUAGACGUCGCUGCGCUCGAUUGUGAAAUGGUUUAUACCACUGCAUCGAUGGAGCUGGCUCGGGUCAGUGUUAUCUCGAGUCAAGGCGAUAUUUUGCUUGACCGCUUCGUCAAGCCUGCAUUUCCUGUACUAGAUCUCAACACCACCUAUUCUGGCGUCAUGCAGCACAAUUUGGACGGCGCCAUCAGUUUCGAAGAGAUGCAUCAGCAACUCAUUCAUAUUGGCAUGCAUCGAGAUACCAUCUUGAUCGGUCAUGGCCUGGACAAUGAUCUAACGGCUUUGAGAUUGGUGCACCACCGGGUUAUCGACUCGGCUAUUCUCUUUCCACACCCGAGAGGUAGACCAUAUCGACUCAAGCUGAAGGAUCUGAGCAGCAGGUACCUGGCUAGGCAGAUACAGGUCAACGACAGCGCUACAGGCCACGACCCGACCGAAGACGCCUUGGCAGCCCUUGAUCUCGUCCGUUGGCGCCUAGUCAAC